GAUCAGAUUAAAUCAAAACCAACAUCAAGAUUUCUAGGGUAAGAAAACACAACAUCCCUUGUAUCGGUAUGAUAUUCUCAUUAAUUUAAUAAAUAAAUUAUGUGUUGUUUGACAAGUCACAGUAUUAUCACUUUAAACGCAUGUUCUCAGUGUAGUAAUGUUUUGCAUUACAAUGCAUAUACUUGGGAAGUUCCCAGAUAUGGUAGUCUAAUAAUAAAUAACUGCAUAGCACCCAAAGUAAUUUUUGUCUUCGAUGACAGCAUAUUCCUUCGGAUAUUUUUCCUUGAGAACAGAAAGUGUAUGUGUUGCUGUAAAAAGCUAUCACUGACUUUUGCAGCCAAUGCUAAGCACUAAUUAUGCCAAUUCAAUGAGUAAACAAUCUGUGUGGUACUUUGCUUUAAUAGCCACAAGAUGAUGCUGUUUUCCUUAGUAAACCACAGAAUACUUUUUUUCUGCAGUAUAACUAGUUUAGGUAGGCCAUCUGACUGCUUUAUUGUACUAUCAGCAAACCAAAUUGUUCAACAUAAGGACAUUUUAGGGACAUGUGCCAGGGUCUGUGUGUGACUGACCAGGUAUCAAACCAGGUUCCUCAGACAUUAUCUGACAUGCUGUAUUAGAUGCAUAUUUCACCUAAUAUUGUAAGUAGAUUAAAAGUCUAUACUGAAAUGCAAAAAGUACAUUUUGGUACUUGGGGUCUGCAAGUAGACCUUGGCCCAUACGAACAGUGAAUGCACACUCAAUUCUUGUUUUUCAAUGUAACCUACCUAUAGAGCAAUGGAAUUGGUUUGAAACUGAACAAGGGUGUUAGCUCGAUCUUUUGUCAGGUUGAGAAAAAAGUGUAUUCACCUUGUUUUAAACACUGUAUCAUGUAGAAUUCAUGAUGGUCUCUUUGUAGGUUCAACGUUUGGUCGGUGAAACUACAUUCCCCAUACUGCGCUAGUGCGCAGCGUCGUGUCGUGAGCUGUCACUCUGCCCGGAGAAAUUGGUCCAGCAUCUCUGAGCAGUGGACUGCGUGACAGGGACCAUAAAAUUAGUUGAAAUUGUCUCCCCUAUUACUCUUUAUUUGCGAUGCGUUCCUUAUGGCUAUGAUAAAAACGGAUUGUUAAAAGGAAUCUUACGUCUUGUAAUUCUCGUUGGAGAACCGGACUGUUUGUCAAUGAGAUAUGUGGAGUCGCUCUAUCCAUCGGUGUUAACGCAGAAAAAUAGAAGAUGAAGAAGCAAUUCAAUAGAAUGCGACAGCUCGCCAACCAAACAGUGGGCAGAGCUGAAAAAACAGAAGUAUUAAGUGAAGACCUUCUACAAGUGGAGAAGCGGCUGGAGCUGGUCAAGCAGGUGUCCCACAGCACCCACAAGAAGCUGACCGCCUGUCUGCAGGGCCAACAGGGGGUGGAUGUGGAGAAGAGAUCUGUCAGAUCGCCCUCGAAAAAGCUACCCCUCACAACACUAGCACAAUGUCUGGUGGAGGGAGCAGCAGUGUUGGGCGAUGACUCGCUACUGGGGAAGAUGCUGAAGCUGUGCGGUGAGACACAGGAGAAGAUGGCUCUGGAGCUCAUCCUGUUUGAGUUCACUAUUGAGAGAGACGUGGUGGAACCCCUAUACGAACUGGCAGAGGUGGAAAUCCCCAACAUCCAGAAACAAAGGAAACAUUUAGCAAAACUGGUUUUGGACAUGGACUCGGCACGCACAAGGUUCCACCAGUCCUCCAAGUCUGGUAUGUCCAGCAACGUGCAGCCAGGGGCCAAGGGCGAGCACCUCAGGGAAGAGAUGGAAGAAGCAGCCAAUCGAAUGGAGAUCUGUCGAGAUCAAUUAUCAGCAGACAUGUACAAUUUUGUGGCCAAAGAAAUUGACUAUGCAAGCUACUUUCAGACAUUGAUAGAGGUGCAGGCAGAGUACCACAGGAAGUCGUUAGAGCUCCUCCAGAAUAUUCUGCCUCAGAUCAAAGCCCACCAGGAGACCUGGGUGGAGAAGCCAUGCUAUGGGAAACCCUUAGAGGAGCACCUUGCCCUCAGCGGGCGGGACAUUGCCUUCCCCAUCGAAGCCUGUGUCACCAUGCUGCUGGAGUGUGGCAUGCAGGAAGAGGGCCUGUUCAGAGUAGCGCCCUCGGCCUCCAAACUGAAGAAGCUCAAGGCGUCUCUAGACUGUGGGGUGAUGGACGUACAGGAGUACUCUGCAGACCCUCACUCCAUCGCAGGUGCUUUGAAAUCCUACCUACGGGAACUCCCUGAGCCACUGAUGACCUUUGAACUUUAUGAUGAAUGGAUCCAAGCUUCUAACAUUCAAGACCAGGACAAGAGACUCCAAGCCCUCCUCACAGCCUGCGAGAAACUACCCCUGGCCAAUGGCAACAACUUCAAGUAUUUAAUAAAAUUCCUCGCCAAGUUAGAUGACUACCAGGAUGACAAUAAAAUGACUCCUGGGAAUAUUGCAAUAGUCUUGGGUCCCAACCUGCUGUGGACAACGCAGGAAGGGAACAUUACAGAGACGAUGACCACUGUCUCCCUGCAGAUUGUAGGCAUUAUUGAGCCCAUCAUCCAGCACGCUGACUGGUUCUUCCCUGGAGAGAUUGAGUUUAAUGUCACAGGAAACUAUGGCAGCCCGGUCCACACCAACCACAAUGCCAAUUACAGCUCCAUGCCCUCUCCGGAUAUGGACCAUUCCGAUCGCAAGCACAAUGACCAGAGCCGACGUCCGCUCAGUGUGGCCACUGACAAUAUGAUGCUAGAGUUCUAUAAGAAGGAUGGCAGCGUUAGGAAAAUUCAAAGCAUGGGGGUCAGAGUGAUGGACACCUCUUGGGUGUCGCGCAGAGGCUCGUCGUCAGUGCGUAAAACCUCCUCCACGCCCCCGAGUAUGCAGACAUCGCUCCCUCCCUCAGACGCUCUCAUACCUGAGCAGGGGGAGCUCUCUGCGUCCCCCUUACCAACCCCUCCUCCCGCUGGCAGCGACCGUGCCAGUAGUCUGAUGAACAAGGAGCUGUCUCCAGUGAUUGGACAGAAGGGCUUCCAGGGAACAGCACCCUCUGGUGGGCCAUCACAGCCCUCUGAACAUAGCCCUCACACCCUGAGAAGAGCUAAAAAGCUGGCCCCCAUCCCACCUAAGCACUACUCUCAGUCUGGGGGAAUGUCUGACCAGUCCACAGGUCAGCCCUCUCCAGUCAGCCUGUCCCCCACCCCUCCUAGUACCCCUUCCCCGUAUGGCUUUGGCUACCCUCAGGGCUACGCCACCAUCGGCUCUCCGGGACAGGCUCAGACCGCCACCCUCUCCUCCCCUCCCUCGCUAGCCGGCACCCUCACCAAGGCCAGGCCCACUCCCAAGCCUCCCCGGCAGAGGCCCAGCCUGCCCCCGCCACAGCCCCCCAGCACCCCUGGCUCCAGCCCCCAACCCCUGGAGCACAGUGGUGGCCUGCUGGAUGGAUUGUCUCCUGGGGAGAGCAUGUCCACAGCGGUAUGAGGUGAAUGGUUCAAUAUGGACUAAAUGUGAAAGGGCCUUUUAGGACUCUUUCUGCAACCUGGAUAUCCCCAUCAUCAACGUUGAACUGGAUGACAUCUUCGAUGAGCCUAAGAUGGUCCCCUACAGGAACUCAGUGGCGGUAGUCCAGCCUACCCCCAAGACAGAGUCAGAGGAAGAGUCUGAGAGCACGAUACUAUGACAUCACGAGUUUCCACCCCCAGCCCUACUAUUCUAGCCUGUCCCCAGGACCCAUUCUCUGACCUUUGACUCACUCCAGACCUCACCUCCACCCAUAGAGACCAAACACUGGGUUCAGCCCUGUAAAGCAAAGUUAAUCUUAUAACCUGAAAUAUAUAUGAAUACAGAAAAUACAUACAGUAUAUCCACAUCCAGAGAGUUUCUCUCUGAGACUGUGGGGGGAGGGACUUUUGAUACACAGAAUCGGACACAAUGCUUUGUUUUUAUGUUGACUGGAUUCCUUUGAUUCUGUCUGUGGUGCAUUCAUUUUUAAGAAUUUUAUUUUUCAACAAUUGCGUUUAUUUUUCUUUACUUUUGCCUUAUUUGAGUCAUUUCCAAUAUUGCCUCUAACUUCACAUACAAGACAUGAAAACGAUUUGCUCGGUGGAAUGGAUUCUACUCUUUUGAGUGUAGUAGUAAAGGAAAGGGACAGUAGAUUUCUGAUUUCCUCUCCCUGUCACCAAGUCUAUAGCAUUCCUUUUGACACCAUCAUAACCCAUCCCUCAUACUUUGAAAUCACUGGCAACCCCUUGUUCCUUCCUGGCUGAAUGUGUGUUUGUGAAUUGUGUGAUGUGUUUGGAAAUGUGCUGCAUCAUUAAGUGGCGAGUUCUGCCAUAGAAAAUAUAUAUGGUACUGCAAGACCAGUUUGAGCUUGAAUCCCCAAUCACGCUCUUCAAAGGGAGAUUAAGAUUGCAUUUGGCUGUUAGAUGGGAAGUUUCAUCUGGAUAAUAUAGUAUUGACUAUUUAAAAUGACUGUUUAUACUGUACAUUUCAGAGUAAAUGAUAUUAACAGUGAUACAAGAGAUAUUAUAUGUGUCAUAUAAUAUAAGAAUACAACCAUAGGUAUACAGAUAUAGAAUUAUAAAUACGGUAUACAGAUAUUCUAUAGUAUAGCAUGUACUUGAUUGUACAUUAUCAUAGGAGAGGCUGUAGAGGGAAUGGGACAUAGAAACAGAAGAAACAGAAUAAUUCUAUAUAAAAGGAAUGGAAUGCUGAAAAGUGAGUAUGAGUGGAAUGUGCAGGGUGGGACUAUACCUCCUCUCUGUGGUCUCUGCACUCAGCCUCAGCUUCUUUAAUGAGCGCCCUGAGAGCCUUAUCUGGCAAGAGCCUGUCAAUGGGGAGCCUGCUCAGCUGUUUGAAAGCCAAUAUUGAAAACUUUUUUGUUAGAGCAAGUGUGUAUAUGAGUGCGGUCUUGUAUGUGUGGGUGUUAUCCAGAAUAUAGAUACAUUUCUUCUGGUGCUAGAACAUAUGUUUAUAUUCUAUCACACAGGGAAUGAGAAUAGGCUCUCAUUGAAAUUAUACGGCGGUUGCUGUUUCAGUUCCCUAUACCCCCCCCCCCCUUUAGUAAGAGGAAUCCACCAUAUAAAGAAUUUGAUGAUGAGGAAUGUCAAUAAGUAUUUGCUGUUGUGCUGAAAGUAUUUAUACCGAUGAUUACGGUGCAGAGGAGUAUGAUUGACAUCCACAACACAUAAUAUCAAUGUUCCAAUCUGAUGAUCCAGUGAUGGGGUUCAAAGGUGAGGGGCCCGCCCAUGACCAACACGUUCCAUGAAACGUUCCAUCCAUAACACUGAUUAGUGUUUGGAAGCCACAACAAACGCUGCUCUUUCAUGCACUUACGUUCAAGUGCUAUAUAUUUUAUCCAUCACAACACUAUUGUAAAUACUGAAGCCUCUGUAUAUGUGUGUAUAUAAAAAGGCGAGAGGAUGAAAUAUAUACAGUACCAGUCAAACGUUUGGACACAUCUACUCAUUCAAGGGUUUUUAUUUUUACUAUUUUCUACAUUGUAGA